AAAGAACCCACCGUUCGACCUUUGAAAAUGCUGCAAUUCCUAUCGUCGACCAGAGAACCGGAGAACCAGUUGACCUUGAGCUCUGCUCGAAAUAGACCGGCAACUCAAAUACCACAUAGAAUAAUGAGGAAAGUGGCAAUUCUUGCAGGCCCUAUUUACAGGGAUGAGGAGAGGAAAACUCGUUUUAUCGCCACUCGCAUUUUAUCUCAGCCCCGUCAGUCGAUCGCGGAGCUUCGGGAGUGCGACAUCGCAGCCUGCGCUUAAGUUGGGUACAAAUAGAUAGUGCUAUGCUGCUGUUUCUCUGGUGGAUUGCUGGCUACCUAAUACUCGUAUCUGGAGGCACAAAUCCCCCCCUUUACGCCCUGGAUCAGCCGAAUGUGGGCAGGUGCCUGGACUACUGCCACCUGAAGAACUUGCGCUUCCUCCUCUGCGUGGAUGCGGAUGGUCAGUUGUCGCACAAUCCCUACAAGGACUGCAACCGAGGAUUCUGCAAGGCCGAGGACUUUGAACUGGAAUACGAAACGGACGAGGGCAAGGAAAAGCGAAUCAAUCGCGUGGAGAAAACGGGAGUUGGCCAAAAGGCAAAUCUUAGGGAUCUCUGCCUGAACGAAAGGGGAAUUCCCAUCCGACGGAGGUGCCAAAUUCGAAAUGGAAACAGAGUUUGGCAGAGCUUGGAUCACGUGACCUGUAGAUCGGCACCGGAACUCAGCUCCAGUAUAAACCUUCUCGCUGUGAAGAGUCCUCCGGAUAUGAUUAGCCAACUGAGCAGCCUGCUGACUCAGUCUCAGGAAAAACUGGCCGCCGCCGAUGUCUUCAGUAUUUCAGAGAUUUUCGAUUCCCUGGUCAAAAAACCGGAAAGAAAUGCCACAGUAGUAGGGGACUUGAUGACGAUAUGCCAAAAAGUGAUGUCUACAGAUAAUGAAACCCUCCGUCUUUCAGCAGACGCGAAUGCCACAAAUGCUCUACUUAGCAACUUUGAGGAUUAUUUGGAUGAACUCAGUCCGUCAAUAUUAAAGUUAAACAGCACUUCUUUUGCCAACAGCACUGAGUUUACGUUCCAUCCCUUUUUUGACAUGGGUGUUAUAGUUCUAAAGACGAGCGAACUCAGUGUAUUUUUUGUGGAUCCAGAAGUGAAAAAUGUUUCUGGGAUAGUCAACUUUUCUGGUGGCAAUACGUCGCGCUUUGAAAUGCUUCACCUAUCGGAUAACGAGGAAGAUAUAAGGGCCAUGGAAAAUCUAGAAAGUGCGGUCUUUAUUCCCGAUAAACUGUGGAGCCUACUGAAGAAAAAGGGAGCCUCUUACUUAGUUUUUAAGGUCUAUACACGAGAUUCCCUUUUUGUGGAGACGGAAGAGGAUAUCAAACGACGGCCAACUAGUAAUGUUAUAUCCAUAACAAUACCAGGAUUGGAUGAUAACAAGCUACCAGAAAAGUUGCCUUUUUUCCUGCGCAAUGCAAAGGCGAAUCAAACUCAGUCUGAGGGCGGAUGUGGCUACUGGAACUAUGAGACCUGGCUUAGCGAUGGAAUAUCCACCUGCGGCGGAGGCAGCUUGGAGACCUCAUCGCACCCAGUGAUACUCUGCCAUGCGGAUCAUCUGACCCAGUUUACAUUUCUACUGGGAGUCAGCAAAAUGCAGGCUGGUCUGGACGCCAAUGAAGAUGAUCACUCCUUGGAUGUAAUCACCAAUGUGGGCUUGACCCUUUCUCUACUAGGACUUCUAAUGAUUUUUGUCACUGCAGCUGUGUUUAAGAGCUUCCGCACUUUAGCCUCCACGAAGAUAUUGCUGAAUCUCUGUACCGCCCUGGGUCUUCAGUUGAUAUUCUUCCUGAUCAUGAGUCAAAGCCAUUUGCUGGAGCAGCUGGAGCAAUCUGAAUCGGAACGAUGUACUUUGGUUGGAGCCGUGAUGCAAUAUCUACUGCUGGUUGUCUUCAGCUGGAUGUUUAUCAUUGGAUUUCUGCAGUAUCAAAGAUAUGUCCGGGUCAUUGGCGUCAAUCACCCACGACAUUACAUACUAAUGUCGGCGGUAGCGGCCUGGACAUUGCCACUUAUACCCACCUUGUUGGUGGUUUUUCUGGAACCCGAUUCCUACAGGCCCAGUAACUCGUCGAUGGACUAUCCCAUCCUCUGUUAUCCCUCAGGAUAUGCCUUAAGUCUGGGAGUCAUAAUGCCUAUUGGCCUUAUCACGGUGGCCAAUGCAAUAUUGGUGGGAUACAUCUCAUGGAGUGUCUAUACAGCCCUGUUCAAACGUGAUCUGAUCUUCAAGCAACUGGGUCUGUUUGUGCUGCUCUUUUUUCUCUUGGGCAUAACUUGGAUUUUUGGACUGUGUACCUAUUUCGGUUUUGGAAGGGUCUUCGCCUACUUGUUCUGCCUGACAGCCACUCUGCAGGGAUUCGUUUUAUUCCUUUACUUUAUAGUAUUUAACAAGGAAAACCAGCGGGCCUGGUUGGGUCUCUGUUGCAACUCGUGCAAGAAGAGAAAUCAGGAAACUAUACAAAUGCGCACGGACUCGAUUUUCCAAGGCCUGAGCCAUUCAUCAACUAACAGUACUAGUAUUUAGUAUUGAUUAGUAUAGUUUACUAUUAAGUUUGUAUUAGGAAAACAAAUUGUAUAUAAAUUCUACAUACUAUCUUUAAAUUUCUAAAUUA